UGAUUCUGCACGUGGAGCGCGCUGGGUCGCAGAGACGUCAGUGCUGCGGUCCCACACCUCCAGUACCCCACCUUCCCGCGGCCCCCACCCCGGCUCCCAGGCUCCAAGCGCGGCUCUGGCUCCUAAGUGCGUCACGGGCACCGGCCGCACUCCACAGACGGCCAGGGCGAGGCUGGCACGGGGCCAGCGCGGGCCAGGCCAGGGGCUCUGAGCCGUCUCCGGGGCGGGGACCCGGGCGUGGAAGGCGCUAAAGUUGCGCGACCCUCGGCGCGCUGUUGGGGGCGCCCUCCGCGGCGGGCAGCGCGCCAGGGACCGGCCUCCGCAGCUCGGGGCGCGAGAGGCUACACUUUCCCUUCGCCCCCCGCCCUCGCUUCCUCCCGCGCGGCCGCAGCGGAGAUUUCCUCUCGGGGAAACCACGCGGACUCUUCCCGGGGCUCCUCGCCCCGCCCCAGUUCUCCGCCCCCUCCUCUUUGCUGGGGAGCCGGUGCUAGCCCGCGGCGGGGAGGAGGCUCUGGCAGCCUGGGCCAGGAGGUGGCAGGGGGCCGCGGAGCCGCUGGCUACCAACUCGCCCUGCCAUGUGACGCCGCCCUCCGCCCAGCGACCCCCCGCGCCCCGGGCCCGCGCCCGCGCUCUGUGGCGCCGCGCACCAUGCUUCUGCCGGGACACGCGCGCCCACCGCCAGCGCCCCAGCCAGCACAGCAUCCCGGCCUCCGCAGGCAGGCAGAGCCUCCUGGGCAGCUCCUGCGCCUCUUCUACUGCACCGUCCUGGUUUGCUCCAAAGAGAUCGCAGCGCUCACGGACUUCUCCGGUAAGAAGCGACCUCCCUCGCUGUGCGCCCCCGGCGCCGCGGGGCGCCCAGGUUACCUAACCAAACUCCUGCAAAACCACACCGCCUAUGCCUGUGAUGGGGACCAUUUGGAUCUGCAGUGCCCUCGGCAUUCGACGAUAAGUGUCCAGUCGGCAUUUUAUGGGCAAGAUUACCAAACGUGUAGCGCACAGCAGCCUGCCUCUCAGAGAGAAGACGGCUUAACCUGUGUGGCGCCCACCACCCUGCAGAAGGUGCUGGACGAAUGCCAGAACCAGCGGACCUGCCACCUCCUGGUCAAUAGCCGUGUUUUUGGACCUGACCUUUGUCCAGGAAGCAGUAAAUACCUCCUGGUCUCCUUUAAAUGCCAACCUAAUGAAUUAAAAAACAAAACUGUGUGUGAAGAUCACGAGCUGAAGCUGCACUGCCACGAAUCCAAGUUUCUCAACAUCUACUCCGCGACCUAUGGCAGGAAGACCCAGGAGAGGGACGUCUGCUCCUCGGAAGCCACGUGGCUCCCCCCGUUUGAUUGCUUGUCUUACUCGGCUUUGCAAGUAUUAUCCAGGAGGUGUUAUGGGAAGCAGAGAUGCAAAAUCCUCGUCAACAAUCACCAUUUCGGGAGCCCCUGUCUUCCAGGAGUGAAGAAAUACCUCACGGUCGCCUACGCAUGUGUUCCCAAGAAUAUACUCACAGCGAUCGAUCCAGCCGUUGCUAAUCUAAAACCUUCUGUGAAACAGAAAGACGGUGACUAUGGUAUAAACUUUGACCCAAGGAAACCAAGAGUUCUGAGGAAAGAUGGAGUUAUUGUCAGCCACUCCCUGGCAGCAUUUGCUUACCUUCGAGCCUCGCUGCUCACCUCUGGAGAGACCGUAUUUUGGAAUGUCAACUCUGCAAGUUUCGACAAUGCCUGCCUGCCUCUGUUCAGAGAGCCAAAACCUCUGAAGACUUUUGUAAAAUACAUGCCCACCCUGAAAGAGCUGCCCUGCUGUUCGUGUCCAGUGUUUGCAUCGGUCUGGCACUCACACUGUGUGCCUUGGUCAUCAGAGUGUCCUGCACCAAGGACUUCCGGGAGCUGCAGCUGGCGAGGGAGCACCUGGUGCCAGGAAGCGACAAAGCCGAGGAGGACAGCCAGGAUGAGGAGGGGGAGGAGGACUCCUCUGACUCCGAUUUUCCAGGGGAACUGUCGGGGUUUCGUAGGACUACAUAUCCUGUCUGCAGUUCCAUAGAGGCUGCAGAGCUGGCAGAAAGGAUUGAGCGCAGGGAGCAAAUCAUCCAGGAAAUAUGGAUGAACAGUGGUUUGGACACUUCACUCCCAAGAAACAUGGGCCAGUUCUACUGAAAACCAGAUGCAUCUUGAUGUGAUCACACUUUCUGAAGAGGGAAGGGUUGAAAAUGCCCCUCCAGUUCUGUUUCACUCGUACCUUCUAUGAAGGAGAAUUUGUCAUGUCGUCCAAUACUGGGGAAGCCAGAAAGCUCUUAAAGGGACAUUUCAAACUGUUUACAGCACAUUUCAAAAUAAAUAUGGAGGGAAGAA